UGUCAUUUAGUUCUUGCACUGUGUGACUGCAACUUGUGUUACGUUUGUAGGGGUUCGUCGCAGGUUUGGUUGCUGUUUUCCUUCCGUUUUGAUCUGUUUAGGUCUGGUUAGAUUCUGCGUUUUCUAACUGGCCCAACAUCACCUAAUUUUCUUCAAAUUGUUGAUGUAUUGUCUUGAACCCGUGUACGCCGCGAGCCGUCUGCUGAAGGAAUGUAGGAUGAAGUCGGCUUGCUUGCUAUGUGUAACGGAGAAGCUGAUUGGGACUGGCCUUUGAAAGGUUUGGAAGAGUUUUCCCUGCUAAAAUGAUGCAAAACGGCAUGGACGCCGUGCCGCAGCAAAACGGCACUAUGCAUACCAACUCGUCAACCUCGUCUUCAAAUUCACACAAUUCCUCUUCCCAAACGAAUGCUGGAGGCCAACAAGAGGAGAGCAAGACAAACCUCAUCGUGAAUUACCUUCCGCAGACGAUGACCCAGGAAGAAAUUCGAUCCCUCUUCUCUUCCAUCGGCGAGGUUGAAAGCUGUAAACUCAUCAGGGACAAAGUUACAGACACCGACUCAGAGCCGUGCUCCAGUAUUCUUGGUCGUCAAAGCCUGGGGUACGGGUUCGUGAAUUACCACCGACCAGAGGACGCAGAGAAAGCUAUCAACACCCUGAACGGCCUCAGAUUACAGAACAAGACGAUAAAGGUAUCGUACGCCCGGCCUAGCAGCGAAGCUAUCAAAGGUGCGAACCUGUACGUCAGUGGACUGCCGAAAAACAUGACCCAACAAGAUCUUGAGAAUCUCUUCAGCCCGUAUGGGCGCAUUAUCACUUCGCGGAUUCUCUGCGACAACAUUACUGUCCGCCAAUAUGUCAGUGGAGCUGGAGAGAGUAUGCCCUGUCUGUCGAAAGGAGUUGGCUUCAUCAGGUUCGACCAACGCAUUGAGGCGGAACGAGCCAUCCAGGAGCUGAAUGGAACCAUUCCAAAGGGCUCCACCGAGCCGAUCACCGUCAAGUUUGCUAAUAAUCCGAGUAAUAACAACAAGGCCAUCCCACCCCUUGCAGCAUAUUUGGCACCCCAAGCUCGACGUUUCGGCGGACCGAUCCACCACCCAACGGGGCGCUUCAGGUACAUUCCACUGUCACCACUCUCCAGCAGCCCGUAUGGACUGCCGCUGUGGCCCGAUGCAAGAGAUUGCACUGGCAAGACCAUGCUAGCCAUAAACAAAGGCUUACAGAGGUAUUCACCAUUGGCCGGUGAUCUCCUGGCCAACUCAAUGCUCCCAGGGAAUGCCAUGAACGGUUCUGGCUGGUGUAUCUUCGUAUACAACCUCGCUCCUGAGACGGAAGAGAACGUCUUGUGGCAACUGUUCGGGCCCUUCGGUGCGGUGCAGAGUGUAAAAGUCAUUCGAGACCUGCAGACCAACAAGUGCAAAGGGUUUGGAUUUGUUACGAUGACCAAUUAUGAUGAGGCCGUCGUUGCAAUCCAGUCAUUGAAUGGCUACACUCUGGGCAAUCGCGUCUUGCAGGUUUCCUUCAAAACCAACAAGAGUAAAGCUACAUAAAUGUUGAAGAAGAAACUGUUACGGACCGCCGCCAUAUUGGCAGUGCGGUUGUUAAUGUGACCAUGCUAGUCAACUGAGGCUGCAUUUGUCUCCAUAUUCUCUCUACGUACGUAAUUUAUCAGGAUGCAAUAAUCUUGAGAAAACAGCUUUUGCUGGGAAAUAUGAAGAUAUAUGUCCCAUGCUCCGUAUCUCAGACUGUAGCAAGUACAGUCAUGUUCGUAUCCCCUUGCAAACUUCCCCCCAUUGUUCCGAGACAAAUGCAGCCUUCAGAAGAGGUAUAUCUUUCCAUUUGUACUGUCGUACAAUUAUGAGCAGUACAUUAAUUAUAAUCUGGAUCAUACUGAGCCAAACAAUGAGCUAGUCAACAACAAUAGUGCAAGUCUUGUACACCCAGAAGGGAGUCCUCAAAAUCUUGACUUUUUUGUUCUGUUAUGUGUUACUAGUCAUGGAGAUGUUGCCGUAACCGUGGGGGGGAGCCACUCCAGAGCUACCCCCCAUGGACAAUAUAACGGCUAUUUUCUUUCAGUAGAUAUUGCAAAGUUUCUUUUGUUUUUGUGGGUGUGAUAACAGUAAACUUAUUUAUUUAUUUAUGUAUAACACAAUCUAAAACUUUUAUGAUACUUGAAUCCUUCUGUUCAUGUAGUUUUCGUUUAGUCACUUGACAAAGUAUGUGAUUAACACUGCAUAUAUAAUUAUGAUUAUUAUUAUUAUUAUCAUUAUUAUUAUUUUAUUGUCACAAGCAGAGGCGCAGCAUACAGUCACCUUAAAUAUCUUAUUAUGAGUUGAUACACACACACACAUGCAUGUGACAAUGGAACUGACUUCUUUUGGCAUAAGUGCAACGUUUAUGGAGGUAUUAUUUAUAAAUUAGUUUGAGUUUUCAGAACAAUUAAACAAGUUGUUUUGUGUUGACCACUUUUUAUUUCGUUUCAUUUGCUUAAGAUGCAAUCCUGACAAGUUUUCCACAACCCAGCUACUAACACACUGCAUUCACUGGCUUGUGUUUCCUUUAUCCUUGGUUAUUUCUUUCUGUUCUGCCAUCCAACGAAAAUCUCAGGCAACGUGAAAACUUGCAAUUGAGUUCUAUUUUAUUAUUAGUAUUAUUAUUACUAUUAUUAUGAUUUGAAAGGUUUUGGGGGAACCACACAGACUUGCACAGAACAAUAAUCCAUAAUUAAAUAAAUAACUAAUAUAAAUAAAGAAAAUAAAUCAGGUAACCUAUCAAAUAUGCUGCCCAAAUAUGCUGUCAACUUCCAUGAAAGAAAUUUAUUUUUGUAAGAACACUUAUCAAAUUUAACAAAUGCAUUCCUAGUGGGCAAAAGAUUUUAAAUGAAAGACAUGAAAAAAGUAUGCAGAAAUUUAAAUAUCUAACGAAGGAGACUUUGUUAUCUCUUCGUGUUCUUAAAGUUUCUAUAGUGUCAGAUAGUUCCCUUUGCGAUAGGAGUUUCUGAGCUAGGUGAGCUUGUACGGGCAUCGGGCACUCCUUCACUUCUCCGUUCCCUACCUAACUAGGCUGGCGAGCGAGCAUUUCUGCUUACACGCUCGGUGGCCAAGUUGUUAUUGCUCUGUCUUUCUACUUUGACUUCCUCGGUGGACUGAAAUGUGCUUGUCUAUUGUGGGUGGGGUACUGCAGCUGCCCCCUCACACGUAGUCUACCAAAAUAUUUAUUACUUCAGUAACACGUGUAAUCGCAAGCAAUACACUGGAUACCGAGUGAGUCUAGCCACUUGCACCACUGCGUAGCAAGCCAAUGUCAAUACCCGCUCGCUGGCCAUAUGUUCGAUCCCUGUAGAUGGCCCGAUUGACCGACCGAGGUUACAGUGGAAGGAAUCAGGACUCAUGCAAUAUGUCAGGAGUUUUUGAAUACAAAAUUUUGAUGGACUUUAUCUUUCAUGGUCACAAUGGUGAAGAUUUAAAAAUGAAAAAUGUAUAUAUAUUAUACUUUGCCUGAGAUUAGGAAAGAGAUAGAGAAACCUUUUUGAUAAGAAAACUUUAUCAUGCUGUUGAGGAUAAGAGUUUAACUACAAAAGAGUAGAUUAUUAACUGAAAGUUCAGGAAACUCAAUGCACUUUUUCAAUGUUACUUGCCCCUUGAUAAAUCAACGAAGAAAGAUGUACAUUUAGUGUUACUUGUGAACAUUCCUUGAUAAAUUUCUCACAGUUUGGCCCUUUAUAUAGUUAAUGCCAAUAUAAUUGCUUAUGUGAGAUCUAUUAUAGUUGCUAACUAUGUUAAAUUUCUGAAGAAACCAAGGGCCAUAUUUCUAAAUGGUAAUAUUAGGCUUGGUUUUUGCAGCCAUUAGCGUUUUGCCCCUUUAGAGACUGCAACGCCACCUUAGAUUUAAAGUGGAAUAUUUUGUAUGAUACUCAAAACAAUGGUGCAUACAUCUGUUAAGUUCUAUGGAAAAUGUACAGAGAGCUAUUUCCAUGAGGACAAAUGAAGUACUGGAACCCAAAUGUGAUGGAUGAAGCUACAUAUAGAUAGUGAUUCAUAAAAGAGGUUCCAAGUGUAUUUUGGGUUGUGGAGACUAGUUUUGAAAACUGCUUCUGCAUUUAUCAAGAUUGUGAUUGAUACCUGUUCUACAAUUAAAAGUAUAAAUAACUUUUGAAGCUUUAUAGAACUCAUUCACCUACUUAACGGAUGCAAUUUUGCCAAAGUGGUACUGACUUAAUGUGGAAAACAAAUGAGUUUGUUAACUUUGGUAUUUUCCUCAUUCCUCAUACAUAGUGGUUUGCUUGAUUAUAUAUUUAAAUACUCUUUCUUAAAUAUUAAUUAUUCUUAUCCUUUUUAUCUAGAAGCAAGGCCAGUCAAUUGCAGUCUAUUUGACAUGAGAUUAAACAGAGGAUACAGUGACAAGUUGAUGUAACAGAGUGAUCUCUGGAGAACAAAGCACAAACUAUAUGUUGGUUUAUAUGUGGCUUGUAGGACAAGACAUGUGUUGGGAAACUGACUCUUAACUGGCCUAAUACAAAAUAUAUAUAUAUACAUAAAAAUAAAAAUGAGACAAAUAUAUACUGCAUUUGAAGGCUGUUGCUGGUACUCUAGGACUUGUAUUCAACUUUGUGUGGUGUAGAUCUAGUUUGUAAAACUUGAUUUCUGAGGGCCAGACUCAUGCUGUAAGGAUGUAUCCUCAUUUUCCAGCACUGGACAAUAUGCUCUGGUGUAGGACUGAAACAUUUUGUGACUAAGCAUUCCAUAAACUUUUAUAGAAGAGACAGGGGGUUUCUGUAAUGCAGUACCUCAAACAUGUAAUUGAUGCAAUAACUUAUGAAGUUCUUAAAAGUGUAGCUUUAGAUCGAGUGACGAACAUAUUAGAUGCACAGAAGACUGGUCCGAAAGGAAGCCUUCCUUCUAGUCGAAGGUUUGCUCUCAGACCAUGAUAUGAUGCACCAGUUUCCUAUAUUUUAUUCCCUGCUCACUGAAGUAACAAAACUAACUUUAUGAAUCUCAUUUUAGUAUUUUGUGAAGUAUUUGUUACUUCGUUUGUGAGCGGCCAUUCUGGUUACAUACUCCUCACCUCUCCCCAUAGUUGUAGUCCUUCCCUCCUUGCAUACUAUAGUAUAUACAGUGGGCUGACAGGUAAUGCUUUGAGCGCAAGGACUUUUGAAACAAGUGAGUUUGGUCUGUUAAGUACAGUAAUUUCUCUAUGCUAAACGUUAUGUCACUGUUGGACCGCGGUCCACAGAGGAGAGUCGCGCCGCCGCUGCUUCUAUCUCGCAGUGCAUGUCUUUAUUGCUUCUGUCUAGUGUCACAUUGCAUUUAGGUGUACGUAUUGAUGGGUUGUAUUUAUCCAAUGAAAUGAUUCACUACUUAAAUGAUUUUUCAUCUAGUUGUAGGUUUAUAUGGGUAGUUCAGGAAACGUUCUGAGUGUCAGGUGCCAUAUUUCUAGUUUGAGUAUCUUAGCCAAGUGGUGAGAAGGAAGAAUUUGUCAGCACUAGAGGUAGAGCUUUUACCUUAGUUGUCUUUGUGUUUGCUGUAAUUUAUUGUAUAACUUAUUAUAACACAGGAUAAUGGGUUGGACUUUGGUUAUCUUUUGAGUUCCAGGAAAAGGAAAUAGCCAAAGGAAGAUGCAAGGGAAUUUGAGUUUGAAAAGUUAAUCAGAAAAGCUGGAAAGAUUGCUAACUAGAAUGGCCAAAUUCUAUCCCAUUUAAUUUAUUGUAUUUAUUGUUAAGUGUAAGAGACUAGUCAGUUUAAACAUUUUGUUUCUGCAGUACUUUUGUGAUUGAGUUGAAAGUCCAAGACAUAACAUUAUGCUAUGCUGCAGCCAUUUCAUCCCAAGGAUCUCUUGUGAUUGUGAGUCAGGCAGUAGCCAGUUGGUAUUGUGUAAGAAGGCAGAGCGACAGCUGUUGUUAUCGUUAGUUUUGGUUGUAUUGCAAUAUUUGUACUUUUCCAUGUUGAAAACUCAAUACAAUAAAUUAUUGGAAAAUACUCUUUAUUAA